CUUCCAUGUUGGUCCGCAAACAAUUACAGUCGAGUUCUCAAUAACUCUAUUUUCAGUUCAUUUUUCUUUCAUAUUUAUCACUAUUAACUGUGGUUUGUAUUUCACGUGCCUUAUAACUGUAAUGCAGAUUUUAGUAUGGAUACGAUAACAUGCUCUGCUUAGUGUGUGGAGGGCCGACGAGGUCUUUUGCGUUUCUUUUUUUUUUUUUCCAGCCAAGUCGAGUUUUGUCCCCUCCGGCUGCCCGUACCAGUUCUGUAUCGUAUGUGUGUGUCUGUCUCGGACUAAGUCGGAAGAUGGCGGAAGCUCCCACAAGACCCGGUCGGUUUUUCUGUCACCGCUGCUCGGCGGAGAUCAGCCCGCAUCUCCCGGAUUACACCUGCCCGAGGUGUGAGUCUGGCUUUAUUGAAGAACUACCUGAAGAGAGAAGCGCUGAAAAUGGUUCCACCUCUUCAGCCUCUACCAGUGAUCAAAACCGGCACCAGUUUGAGACCCUGGACCAGCACAUGUUCACCUUUCCCCCCGGCUACGGGCAGUUUGCGUUGGGGAUUUUUGACGAGAACUUUGAGUUCAGCGCAGGGCCACCCUCGGAAGACAACAGGGAGACAGAGAAUCGCAGGGAGAGGGAGCUGGCGUCAAGGCAGCGCUAUGGUGCCAGGCAACCCAGGGCGCGGCACAUGGCAAGACGGCAGACAGGGAGGCACGAGGGGGUUCCCACACUAGAAGGAAUUAUUCAGCAGUUAGUGAAUGGAAUUAUAGCACCUACAGCCAUUCCAAACAUAGGACUGGGUCCCUGGGGUAUGUUGCACUCAAACCCAAUGGACUAUGCAUGGGGGGCGAACGGACUUGAUGCAAUUAUAACACAGUUAUUAAAUCAGUUUGAAAACACCGGCCCCCCUCCGGCAGACAGAGAUAAAAUUAAGAGCCUCCCCACAGUGCAGGUUACAGAAGAACACGUAGGUUCAGGUCUAGAAUGUCCCGUCUGUAAAGAAGAUUACACCGCAGGAGAAAAUGUAAGGCAGCUCCCAUGCAAUCACAUGUUUCACAAUGAUUGUAUAGUACCGUGGCUUGAACAGCACGACACGUGUCCAGUUUGCAGGAAAAGUUUAAGUGGACAGAACACAGCGACAAAUCCGCCUGGGUUAUCGGGGAUGAAUUUCUCCUCCUCCUCCUCUUCCUCCUCCUCCUCUUCCUCCAGUUCUCCCGGCAACGAGAACACAACGAAUAACUCAUAAAGCCCCUUCCACACUCUCUCACUGAGCCACGAGAACGUGAAUGACACCAACCAACCACCCAACCAACCACCCAACCAGCCAGCCAACCAACCAACCAACCAACCAACCAACCAACCACCCAACCAGCCAGCCAACCACCCAACCAGCCACCCAACCAACCACCCAACCAGCCAGCCAUCCAAACACCCACCCACCCAAUCCACCCACCCAAUCCACCUCAUUCAGGAGACUGUCGCAGGGGAAUGACGAGAAUAAAAAAAAGCUGAUCGCAAGAACCUUGCAACGUUUUUCAAUUCCACGCAUAAGCAAGUAAGGUAUCCCUUUAUAGACCCAUCAAAUGACAAAUGCAGAACCUGCCUACAUCUGGACUAAACUGAAGGGACCUGCCUAAAAUGGAAAUGUGAUAACUGGCCCACAUGUAUAUGUAACACAAUUGUAGCCGUCAUUGGGCUAUUUGGUGUUUACUGGUUGAUUGGGGGGUGGGGGUGGGGGUGGGGAUAGGAAUAGACUUUUUUUUUAAUUUUUCUGUAUUCUGUGCAGCCAAAGGAACAAAGAAACCAAACAAACGUGUGGAUUUGAUUAAGAAUUUAGUGAAAAAAAAAUGCACUGGGAUUAAAGAUUUUUUCUUCUUUUUUUUUAUAUGUACUCCAGUCGGGGAAGAUUUAUUAGGUCCAGUUAAAACCCCAAUCAAAAAAAAAAAAAAAAACAAGACAAAAA